AUGGCAGCCAUUGAAUCAAACCCAAAGUUCUCUCUUCAUCUGCGCUCUAAUAGCUUUCCCACCGCACCUCAUCCCCAUGUAUCAGAAUUCGAGGAGCACCUGAACAGACUGAAGUCUCCUGAAUCUGCCUCUUCAUCCUCUUUAAGCCACAAACUCAGUGGCUUGCAGGAUUUACAGGACUCUUCUGACAAGUUACUUCAAUUGUCAACCACCCAACAGGUCGUAGCACAAGAUUGCAGCCAAAAGUGUGUUGAUAAACUACUGGAUGGGUCUCUAAGGCUCUUGGAUAUCUGUGGUACUGCUAAAGAUUGUCUUGUGCAGUCAAAAGAAUCCGUGUACGAAAUCCAUUCAGCCAUUAGAAGAAGAGGAGCUGAAGCUGCAUUCACAGUUGGGGCUGGAAAUUAUUUGGCUUCCCGGAAGAAUGUGAAGAAGGCAAUUAGAAAUGCCUUAGGAAAUAUCAAAGGAAUAAGAAAUGGCUUCACAGUUUCUUCUGAAGCCAAAGAAAAUGACAUUCUUAGCAUGUUGAGAGAAGCAGAAGCAGUCACCGUGGGCACAUUAGAAUCUCUCUUGUCCUCCAUCUCUGAUCCAAAGGGACAAUCAAAACAAAGCAGGUGGUCUGCAAUUUCCAAGCUAAUGAAGCCAAAAAGAGUAGCUUGUGACUCUGAGGAAAUAGUCACAAAUGAGUUUGAGAAGGUAGAUUCAGCUUUGAAGUCUCUCAUCAGUCAAAAGCAUGCAUCUCCAGACAAUUUGCAAGGCGAUUUGGAAAAUUUGGAGAUGUGCAUUCAAGAUCUAGAAAUAGGACUUGAAUGCCUUUCAAGGAGACUUAUCAGAAAUCGAGUUUCCCUUCUCAACAUCUUCAACAACUAG